AUGUUUGACAAUAGCCCGAUCGGCAAACGCAAAGACAACGGCAGUCCAGAAGCAAUUUACGAAAGAUAUGCUCAGAGAUAUACCAAAAGGCUCAACAGGCGAGCCAGAUGGUCCCUGACCUAUUACUGCGAGGUUCACGGCUUUGCACUGAGGAGGACAAACUUGCUUUACUACCCAAGAACAAUCGAACACUGGAAAUACUCUCCACCCGAAAAAAAAACCGAAAAAAAGAAGAAGGAUCCAGAGUCCAACCCAUCACCUACCUCGACCACAUCAUACCCACUGCCAAAAAUCUCGACCCUUUUGGGUCGCAUGAUGACCGAGAAGACUACGCCGACGUAGUUCUUCACCUGAUCCAGAGAGUCGAAGGAGUGGUAGCCACCGUCAAGAAUUCAAUGGACCUUACAGAUGAUCAGUGCCUGGAUCCUGAUGGGGAGUUGUGGCGGGGUAUUCCCUGGCGAUAUGGAUCUCGAACUUUCGAAUGGGGCACAAAGAUAGAGGAUAGAUAUUGCAUUUGAGAAUAUCCGUUGUAUGUGGACAAGCCGUGUAGAAAUAAGCAUGGGAAAUGGGCUUAUCCCUCCCUCACGAAUAGGGUGUUGUAGAGGGAUGAUGAGGACGUGCCGUGGUUGGAGAAAUAUCAAUAUCUGUUCAUUCCGGUGUGGAAACCUUCUUGGAUGAGGAGGAGAAAUACUUGAUGAUGGCGGGGUAGCUACCUACCUCUCUUUUGAGAUUUGUUAAGAAAGAUGAAGAGAAAGCGUCAGUGGAAUUACUACUAUUAAUUAUUGUCAUUUGUUCUAUAGUAAAUCAAAAAGCCAAAGGAAAGGAGUCUCAACUUGACGACCGGCCAGCCAGUCCGUUCAAAGGGGUCAGACCCAGACAAGUAGCGUGCGCCGCCAGGGCAACUACAACUGUCCAUUGAUUUCCAAUUUCU